AGUUACCUCCACACCAGCCGGACGCUUCCGCCUGGGGCAGGCGGUCUUCCGGAGACCUCUCUUGAAGGAGGGAACUGCUGCGUGCGGAGCCAAUCAAUAAGGAAGCCAGAGAGGUAGCCGGGACAGUUGGAGUGUCCAAUGUGCGUCGCCGCCAGGCACCAGUGCGGGGCGCGUCGAGCCAAUCGGCAGCGGCGGUGGGCGUGCGCCGUCGACAGGCGGUGCAACGGAGGCGGAGCAGGCGCUGCGGCAGGAGGGAAGAUGGCGGACGAGGAGAAGCUGCCGCCCGGCUGGGAGAAGCGCAUGAGCCGCAGCUCAGGUCGGGUAUAUUACUUCAAUCACAUCACCAACGCCAGCCAAUGGGAGCGACCCAGUGGCAACAGCAGUAGUGGCAGCAAAAAUGGGCAGGGGGAGCCUGCCAGGGUCCGCUGCUCACACCUGUUGGUUAAGCAUAGUCAGUCAAGGCGGCCCUCAUCCUGGCGGCAGGAGAAGAUCACCCGGACCAAGGAGGAGGCCCUGGAAUUGAUCAACGGCUACAUCCAGAAGAUCAAGUCGGGAGAGGAAGACUUUGAGUCUCUGGCCUCACAAUUCAGCGACUGCAGCUCGGCCAAGGCCAGGGGGGACCUGGGUGCCUUCAGCAGAGGUCAGAUGCAGAAGCCAUUUGAAGAUGCCUCAUUUGCGCUGCGGACAGGGGAGAUGAGUGGACCUGUGUUCACGGAUUCUGGUAUCCACAUCAUCCUACGCACGGAGUGAGGGUGUGGGCGGCCCAGGCCUGGCCUGCAGGGCGGGGCAGGGCCGCGGGGCCCACGGGCUCCCCUGCUGCCAGCUGGCCAAUGAGCACUCCUCCCUGCUACCGUCACACAGUAUUUAUUGUUUCCAAAAUGGCUGGAGGGAGGCUCUUCAAGAUUGGGAGCUCUAGGCUUCCGCUCCCUGUCCUACCUGCAGGUGGGGCCAUCCCUGCCAGACUCCCCUGAAGUAACUGACUUCAGAAGGGCAAUGGGGGUAGGGAGACUCCCAGACCCAGGGGGUGGGGGUGACCUGUCCCCGGGUCCCAGAGGCAGGCAGGAAGGCCUCGAGUUGUUGGUUCUUGGUUUGCCCCGUUCCUCUGUUUAGUUGCAAACAGCAAAUGCUCAGUGCCAGCUGCCCAGCCGCGGGCCCUUUGGGCAGCAGUGCAGCACCCUUUGCUCCCUCCAUUAAACCCGGAACUACUGCUCUGC